UGGGGUCGUCACGCCUGUGGAGCUGCCAACCGAAGCGUAUGCAGGCCGUGCAGCUUCCCCGGGCGUGGUGGAGACGCCGGCGUUAGUGCACUCGCCUGAAACCGACAUCGUGCCGGCGGAACUGGCUGUGCCACAACCCACUCUGGAUGCGACAGAUACAAUAUCAACACGGCCGCGUCCCGUCUCUGCCCUUCCUGAGGGUACUCGUUUGUCCAACAUCGCCGCGCCUGAAGAAGACCCCGUCAGCCCCCUCGAAACUCUUCCCACGCCUGGCAGCGCUACUUCCAACUCGUCGUUCAAGCAAACCGAAUAUCGAUCUCGAGACUCACGACUGGGUCAAUUGGGGGCCGACGGUAUGCCUACACACGCUUGGCCAGAGAGCGAACCCGUCGCGGACAAUGUAGUUCGACCCACGCCUCCGCCAUUCAAGAUCCGCAACCCGGUAUACGAUGCGCGAGCCCCGAAUCCAUCGCCUGCAGCGCCCGCUCCGUCUGCUCAAUCUUCCAGCGUGCCGUUCAAGAUGCGCCAUACAAUCUAUGACUCCAAAGUGGCACCUCCAGGAAGCAAACCGCCUGGGCAACCCCAAAGCCAGUACCAGUACCACCAUCGAUCAGCCAGCGCCCAGUCUGAACAGUCUCAACACGACCAAUGGGCAAGCCAGCCUCGCAUCGCCUCUGCCGAUUCUACCUACACGCCUAACUGCGAAUCGAGAUUCUUCAACCGAUGCGCCUCCCCCUCCCCCUCGCAAGGACACGCCGCCUCAAACUUCUGUUCCGCCAACAGUUCAGCCGCCACCUCUCCCAUCGACGAUCAGCGGAGACAACACGCAGCAAGCGGGCGACAGCCAGCUCAACAGUAAUGGGCACGCUCCAUCAGUGACAAAACCGGGAUUGCCUAUCCAGAAAUCGGCCGACAACUUGAAGCUGGCCACACAGCUGCAGUUUCCGCAAAGAAUAGAUAGCAUGCCUCGGAGUACAGAUGGCACUGAGAGCAACUCGAGAUCUUCUCCAACUGCUGCGAUGUCCGAUCUGUCCUUGUCAGGCUCCGCCCGUAACCGACCACAGACCGAUCGCUCGUAUCCAACGUCAACCAAAAAAAGCUUAACACUGGGAACGUCAGCUGCGCAAGCGGCGGUGCAAGCGCCCGCCGAGCUCGGGGACUCCUCUCCUGUUAGUCCUGUGGAUCGAAGCACUAUUAACGCUGCGCCUCCUCCGACAAUCCCGAGAAGCAAGUUCUCCAUGGCCAGUCGACGAACGAAGAUCAACGAUGCCGCGAUCAGAGGGACUCACGCUUCGGCCUCCUCUCCUCCAACUAUUGGCAACCUCACAUUCGAACACGAACCUCUGAGUCCAUUGGAAAGCGGAAGAAUGGAAUUAAGCAGUAGCGCCCGGGGGCUGGAAACGUCUUUGACUGCAGAUGAGGAAUUGAAAAUCAAAGAUUCAGUAAUGGAAAACAAGAUUUGAGAGAGUAAUGCAUGUAUGGCAUGGGGCGGGAAACAUGGGAAUUGCCACGGUAUUUCGCAUUUCCAUCGGCGUUGGCUCGUGAGAAAGCAGAGCCGGAUGAGUCUGAAGACUUUUGUCUCUUGUGUUUUGAAUAGCUGUAAAAUCACCGCAAGACAUAUUGUCUUGAAUUGUACAGAGCACA